AUGGGCUCUGCUGCGGGUGCUGCUGCGGGUGCUGCUGCUGUGGGUGCUGCUGCGGGUGCUGCUCCGGGUGCUGCUGCGGGUGCUGCCGCUGUGCUGCGGGCGCUGCUGCUCCUCGGGGCGCUGCGCUCGGCCCCUGCCCUCAGCCUCCUGCAGGACCCCCCCACCACGUACGAGGGCCCCCCCGGCAGCUACUUCGGCUUCUCCCUGGACUUCCACACGGCUCGGAGCGGUUCCAGUGUGCUGGUGGGGGCCCCCCGCGCCAACACCUCCCAGCCCGGUGUGGCGCAGCCCGGAGCCGUCUUCCUCUGCCCCUGGCCCCCCAGCGGGACCCGCUGCGACCCCGUCCCCAUGGACACCGCGGGAGACGAGACCGAGGCGCAGGGCAGCCUGGAGCUGCGCACCUACAAAUCGCACCAGUGGCUGGGCGCGUCCGUCACCAGCUGGCAGGGCAGGCUCGUGGCCUGCGCCCCCCUGCAGCACUGGAACGCACUGGACGGGCAGCACGAGGCGUUCCGCACCCCGACCGGCGCCUGCUUCGUGGCUGCUCCCGGCGCCCUGCGCCUCGCCUGGUACUCGCCCUGCCGCGACCACCUCAUGGCCGGCGCCUACCGGGACAGCAACUACGCCUACGACAAACGGUACUGCGAGAUCGGCUUCAGCGCGGCUGUCACCCGGGACGGGACACUGGUUCUGGGUGCCCCCGGCGGGUACUACUUCAUGGGGCUCCUGUAUUCAGUGGGAAUUGAUGCCAUCCUCACCCGCUUCCACGGCAAGUCCCUGCUGUGGCCAGAGCAACCAGGACGCCCCACACAGGAGCCAGUGUCCUUUGACUAUGAGGAUGGGUAUCGGGGAUACUCUGUGGCUGUGGGCGAGUUUGAUGGCAAUCCCAAAACCAAAGAGUACGUGGUGGGGGUCCCCAACAAGAGCAACACGAGGGGUGAGGUGGAGAUCUUCAGUGCGGGAGUGACCCUGCGCCAGCUGUGGAGCAUCACCAGUGAGCAGGUGGCAUCGUACUUUGGACACACAGUGGCCGUGGCUGACAUCAAUGGGGAUGGGCAGGAUGAUGUGCUGGUGGGUGCCCCCCUGUUCAUGGCCCGGCGCCCCGACGGGCAGCGCAGUGAGCUGGGGCGCCUCUACCUGUACCUGGGGGGGCUGCAGCGGCCCCUCGCCCGGGCCCCCCAGACCCUGACAGGCACUCACCCCUACGGCCGCUUCGCCGCCGCCAUCGCCAGCCUCGGGGACCAGGACAAGGACGGCUUCGGCGACGUGGCCGUGGGUGCCCCCUUCGGUGGUGACGGUGGCAGCGGACAGGUCUUCAUCUUCCGUGGGCAGAGCGAGGGGCUGGAGCCGCUGCCCACCCAGCGCCUCGACAGCCCCUUCCCCGGCCCGGCCGCCUUCGGCUUCGCCCUGCGCGGGGCCACCGACCUCGAUGGCAACGGUUACUCGGAUCUGCUGGUGGGCGCUUACGGCGCAGCACAAGUGGCCGUGUACCGCGGACAGCCCGUGGUGGUGGCCCGGACCCAGCUGAGUGUCCCUGAUGGGCUGAACCCCGAGGUCCUGGAGUGUGUCCUGCCCGGCUCCAGCACCCGUGUGAGCUGCUUCCCCGUGGUGCUCUGUGUCAGCGUGAGGGGCCAGAGCAUCCCGCAGCACAUCCGCCUCGAGGCCGAGCUGCAGCUGGACCGGCUGAAGCCCCGGCUGUCCCGGAGGGUGCUGCUGCUGCGGGGCCACCAGGCGUCCUGGCACCAGGAGCUGGAGCUGGACACGGGGGCACCCCCCUUGUGCCACAACCUCACCGCGUACCUGCGGGACGAGGCCGACUUCAAGGACAAGCUGAGCCCGGUGGCGCUGAGCCUGAGCCUGGCACUGCCCGAGGGGGCCCCAGGGCUGGUGCUCUAUGGGGACACCCUGGUGCAGGCGCAGACCCACAUCAUCCUGGAGGACUGUGGUGAGGACAACCUCUGCAUCCCUGACCUCCUCCUGGCUGUUGAGACGCCCAGCCGGCGCCUGCUCAUCGGGGCCGAGGCUCUGCUGCUGCUUCGUGCCAACGCCAGCAACAGGGGCGAAGGUGCCUUUGAGGCGGAGCUGCGGGUGCUGCUGCCCCCCGGCACCCACUACCAGGCAGCCCGGAGCAGCAUCCCGGAGAAACUGAGCUGCAACCCCAGGAAGGAGAAUGGGACCCACGUGGUGCUCUGCGAGUUGGGCAACCCCAUGAAAGCAGGUGCCCAGAUCACUGUGGACAUGGAGCUGAGCGUGUCCGGGCUGGAGGACAUGGGUGAUGCCAUCACCUUCCAGCUGCAGCUCCGGAGCAAGAACAGCCCCAGCACCACCAACACGUCAGUGACGGUGACGGUGCCGGUGGAGGCGCAGGCAGAGAUGGAGCUGCGAGGCAACUCCUUGCCGGCCACCACGGUGCUGCCCGUGAGCUGGCGCUGGGCCGAGGGCAGCCGGCGGCUCGAGGACCAUGGCAUCAAGGUGGAGCACGUCUACCAGCUCCACAACAAAGGUCCCAGCACCGUCAGUGGCGUCACCCUGCACCUCAGCAUCCCCGUCCGGCUGGGGGGCCUCAUCCUGCUGUACCUGCUGGAGCUGGGCACUGAGGGGGGCAUGAACUGCAUCAGCCCUCCUGGCCUCAAUGCCGAGCAGCUGGAGAUCCUGCAUCCCACGGGCACAGCACCAUGGAAUGGUUCACACCAGCGGGAGCGCCGGGACCUGGAGCAGCCGCCGGGAGCGGGGCUGGAGAAGCCCAUCCUGGUGGACUGCGGCAAUGCCACGUGUGUGGACAUCGCCUGCCGGGUGCCCAGCCUGGCCAAGGACCAGCGGGCGCUGGUGAGCGUCCAUGCGCUGCUCUGGAUGCACACCCUGCAGCAGCGGGAGCACCUCCUGAAGCAGUUCCUCGUCCAGUCCCAGGCUUGGUUCAACACCUCGGCCAUGCCCUACCGAGUCCAGCCCCGUGCCCUGCCCGCUGGGGAGGCCACGGCUGUCACCAAGGUGAUGCGCACCAGCCCCGGCGGAGAGGGGCCGGUGCCGGUGUCAUGGGUGGUGCUGGGGGUCCUCGCCGGGCUCCUGCUCCUCACCCUCCUCAUCCUCCUCAUGUGGAAGAUGGGUUUCUUCAAGAGGACACGGCCGCCCGCUGAGGACAUGCAGGAGCUGGCGCCUGGCAAGGCUGAGGAGCCAGGGGGUGCCCAGGACUAAUGGGGUACCCCGGGAC